AUGGAUACUCUGAAUCAGACUGCAAUUGUUGAUUUUAUCUUACUAGGACUGACUGCUGACCGCUCUAUCCAAUCAUUUCUGUUUGUUUUAUUUUUGAUCAUUUAUACAUGCUCCUUGUUGAGCAACCUGGGUAUGAUAAUACUAAUAGGCGCCUUUCAUUAUCUUCAUUCUCCCAUGUAUUUUUUUCUCAGUCAUCUGUCCGCUAUUGACUUGUGUUAUUCCUCCACCAUCACCCCCAAGAUGCUGUCAGAUUUUCUCUCAGAGAAAAAGUCCAUCUCCUUUAAAGCAUGUGCCAGUCAAAUGUUUCUGUUUGCCAUGUUUGCCACAUCAGAAAGUCUUUUGGUGACUGCCAUGGCGUACGAUCGUUAUGUUGCCAUAUGUCAACCACUGGUCUACCAUAGCAUGAUGAAUAAAAUUACAUGUUGGGGACUGGUAUACGGAGUCUAUUUAAGUAGCUGUAUUGCUUCCAUAGCUCAUACAAUUACCAUUUUCAAUUUCCCUUUAUGUGGUUCAAAUAAAAUUAAUCAUUUUUACUGUGAUAUUCCCCCUCUAUUGAAACUUACAUGUGUCUACUCUUAUGCUAGGAAGUUGGUUGUCUUUUCAUUAUCUUUUGUAAUGGGGGUUGUUUCUUUCCUUGUGAUAUUGAUGUCUUAUAUCUCCAUCAUUUGUACAAUUUUAGGAAUCAGCUCAACAGAGGGAAGAUCCAAAGCAUUUUCUACUUGUGCCUCCCACCUCACUGUAGUCAUCUCUUUCUAUAGCACAGUGUUUGGAAUCUACUUUCGACCAAGCUUAGGUUUGAAUUCAGAUAGCACUGACAAGAUCUUCUCAAUAUUUUAUACCGUGGCAUCCCCUCUUUUGAAUCCUCUCAUAUAUAGUUUUAAAAAUGCAGAAGUAAAGAGAGCAAUUACAAAUGUGCUCCAUUUAGGCAAGCCCCAGGCAACCCAAAACUAG